AUGGUGUUUCCAGGUGAGCUGGAGAUGCUGGUGCGCUAUCACCACCUCUGGGAGCUCAAGGAAGAGCUGCAGACAGCGGAGCUGGAUGAGGAGCUGUUCUCAGAGCUCCUCUGCCAUGGCAUUCGGCGAGAUCCAGAGGGCUCAGCCUGCCGUGUGCUGCUGGAUGGUAAGCGCAAGCUGAGCCUGGACACCCGCAGCGGCAAGCGGCGGCGGACGGCGCUACACACGGCCGCCCUGAAAGGUGCGACUGGCGCUGCGUCUUUGCUGUUGGAGGCGCGUGCCACUGUGGACGUCCUGGAUGGAGACUGCAGGACCCCAUUGAUGCUGGCUGCGCAUUGCGGCAGCGAGAGCUGCAUUUCGCUUUUGCUGACCCGCCAGGCGCAAGUUGACCGCCAGGACGCAGAGGGCCGCACAGCGCUGCAUUGGAGCAGCCAGCAGCUGCCGUGCCUGCACCAGCUUCUGGAGGCCAGAGCGGACGUCUCAGCUCUGGACUUGGACCAGCGAAGCGCCUUGUUCUUCGCGCAAGGCCCAGGCGAGUCUGCGGACUGCGCCAAGGCUUUGGUGGAAGCGCAGGCUGAGGUAAAUGCGGCGGACCGAUGCGGCCAGACCCCACUCUUCAAGGCACUGCAAGCGAGGGACGACGCCAAGGUGGCGCUGUUACUCUUCCACGGUGCUGAGGUGAAUCAGAAGGACGAGUUUCAUCAGACGCCUCUUUUCUUCGCCGCGGCCUCCAACCAGCUACCCCAGUGCCGCCAGCUCUUGGAUGCCAAAGCCUACCUCAGCCACGAUGUUGCUGGCAGGUCCCCAGUCAGCGUGGCGAAGGGCCAGGGCCACACGGAGCUGGAAAAGUUCCUCUGCAUGCAUGGCAGGAAGUCCAGACAACAGAUCGCCGCCAAGGCCUCGGCCAAGGCUCCCGGGCCCGCUGGGAAGAGGCCGAUACGAAGAACUGGCCAACAAACAACAGGGCAGCAAGUCAAGCCAGGCUGCAAGGAGGUUUUGGCAUCAACACUUCGAGGCCAACCUGAGCCGGAAAGGAAGAGGUACGACCUGGUCUUCUGCGAUGAGAAAGGCAUUGAGCUGGACAUGGACUCGACGGAGUACCAGGAGCACCUUGCCGAGCUUCUCAAGAAGGUCGGCUGGGCGGACGCAUGGUCUCACACAAAUGUGGAGUCAACCUUGGGAGGUUGA